AUGUUCACUUCAGUGAAGGCCUUCGAGGGGCAGCAGUACUCCACCCUGAAGAGGCAGUGUCUGCAGAGUGGCCUGCUCUUUGAGGACCCCCGCUUCCCCGCCAUCGAUGACUCGCUCUUCUACCAGGGCAACAGAAUCGGACGUGUGGUCUGGAAGAGGCCGCGGGAGCUGUGUGAAGAUCCUCACCUGUUUGUUGAUGGCAUCAGUGCACACGAUCUGCACCAGGGACAGUUGGGCAACUGUUGGUUUGUAGCAGCGUGCUCCAGCUUGGCCUCCAGAGAGUCUCUAUGGCAGAAAGUCAUCCCUGACUGGAAGGAGCAGGAGUGGGACACAGAGAAGCCUGAAUCCUAUGCUGGAAUUUUCCACUUCCGCUUUUGGCGCUUUGGUGAGUGGGUGGAUGUGGUGAUUGACGAUAGGCUACCGACGGUGGACAACCAGCUGGUCUAUUGCCACUCCAAUGACAGCAAUGAGUUCUGGAGCGCUCUGGUGGAAAAGGCCUAUGCCAAGGUUUAUGGCUGCUACGAGGCUUUGGAUGGGGGAAACACGGCAGAUGCUCUGGUGGAUUUCACAGGCGGAGUUUCAGAGCCUGUGGACCUUCUGGAGGGUCAGAUGGCAACAGAUGAGGUGGCCCGUAACCAGCUGUUUGAAAGAGUCCUCAAAGUCCACAACAGAGAUGGUCUCAUCAGCUGCUCUAUCAGAGCAACCACUAUAGAGGACAUGGAGGCUCGUCUGGACUGCGGCUUAGUAAAAGGCCACGCCUACGCUGUAACAGACGUGAAGAAAGUGCGGCUCGGUCAUGGACUGCUGGCCUUUUUCAAGUCGGAGAAGCUACACAUGAUCCGUAUGAGGAACCCUUGGGGAGAGAAGGAGUGGAGUGGCCCGUGGAGUGACAGCUCGGAGGAGUGGAACAAGGUGAGCAAGAGCGAGAGAGAAAAGCUUGGUGUCACCGUACAGGACGACGGCGAGUUCUGGAUGACAUUUGAUGACUUCUGUCAGUACUUCACCGACCUGAUCCUGUGCCGCCUCAUCAACACUUCCUACCUGAGUAUCCACAAAACCUGGGAGGAGGAGGUGAUGAGGGGCUCCUGGGUCCAUCGUCAAGACCCUCUCCGCAAUCGGUCUGGAGGCUGCAUCAAUCACAAAGCCACCUUCCUGCAGAACCCACAGUAUGUGUUUGAUGUGAAGAAGGUGGAGGACGAGGUUUUGAUCUGCUUACAGCAAAAAGAGAAGAGAGCCACACCCAAAGAGGGCAAAGGGGAAAACCUCGCCAUUGGCUUUGACAUUCAUCGGGUGGAGCUAAAUCGAAAGUAUCGUAUGCACACAGCCCAGCAGAAAGUAGCGGGCUCCAUCUACAUCAACUCUCGCUGUGUCUUCCUCAGAAAGGAGCUGAAGGAGGGCCGCUACGUCAUCAUUCCCACAACCUUUGACCCUGGACAGCAGGGUGACUUCCUGCUCCGUGUCUUCACUGAUGUGCCUUCAGACUGCAAAGAGCUGUCUCUGGACGAGCCUCCUCAGACGUGUUGGACGGGGAUGUGUGGCUACCCUCAGCUGGUCACUCAGGUCCAUGUACUGAACGCUGAGGGUCUGCAGGGACAAGACUCCAAUGGAGAGCUUCACUGUCUCAAUCCAAAUAAGAAAAGACUUCUGGGCAAAACACAAGCUGUAGAUCCGUAUGUGAUCAUCACCUGUGAAGGAGAGAGGGUUCGUUCUCCAGUUCAAAAGGACACACGGUGCCCAAACUUUGAUAUCAAAGGCGUGUUUUACCGCAAGAAACCCAAGGAAGGGAUCCACAUCGAGAUCUACAACAAGAACAUGAUUGUGGACACUUUCCUGGGUCAGGUGAUCUUGUUCAGCGACCCCAACGAGCGGCAGGAGCAGCACACGCUCCACCUCCGCGACAAGGGCAGCCGCCAGGACAACGACCUCCCGGGCACGCUCACUGUGCGCCUCAUCACCUCCACCACACUCACCAACAUCUGA